AUGAUUUUUUCAUCGAUCAUGGGGAUUCUUUUUCAAGAACGAGGAGCAGGUCAUCAUACUAGUGUAGUAGUACUACUACUAGAAGAUGUAGAUGAUAAGAACUUGGAUAAACAAAAAAUUCAUUACGAAAUGUGUAGAGAUUUUGAUGGGUCGUUUUAUAUUAUGUGUAGUUUGAUAUUAUUGAUGAAUUAUUAGAAGAAUGUUGAAGGUAGUGUAGACAACAAUGCUACCUUUCUCGUUGGUUGUAACAACGAGUAAGUUGAAGUCGUGCUUUUAAUCGUGUGCUUUUGUAUGCUAUGAAAGAGACGACAUGGCCGAAGGGUUGUAACUGCGUUCAGCCAUCAGACAAAAGAGCAGGUGCUACACCAAGCAUACUAAACGAGUCUUUUACUCAACGAAUGCCCUUGACAAUUCGCCUAGGCAUCACAGGUGUCAAUGAGUACUUCAUUUUUCUGGCCUGACAGAUAGUCUGACUACUAGGGCAGAACUCGACCGCGAAUCGAGAACCAUAUCACCAUACCAGGGUUCCGCUCGAUGUCUCUUCCUCUUCGCACGUAAGAACUUCUUACCACUACCUAACUUUCGUGUUUUUU